AUGGCGCAGAGUAGGUCCUUCUUGGACAGGUCGGCUGCCCAAAAAUUGGUCGAUUCAGCGAUCCACAGAGCUAUCGAGUUCCGUAUCACAUCUGCCCGAAUCCAGACUGCACAUACAGAGUCGAUUGGACUAGGUGCAGUUGCCCCAGACGAAGACGUCAACAUCGACGAGAUCCGCCGUGAUGCCCUGGAAAACACUGGAAGAAUUGCCCUACAUGAGCAGCAACUAUUGACUCAGGAUGACCUACGCCGUCAACGCCAACAGAUGCAACAUCAACUUGAUGAAGUCCUCAGAGGACUAAACGCCAAGGGCACUCUCCCAGAAGUUGCCAGAAGCAAGGACCAAAUUCGAGCCCAACGUACUGCAUGCCUUCAGUUCCUUUUGGACACCAACAAAUACGCAUUGGAAGAAGAGCGAUUGAAGUUCCCUGAGCAUCAGGCUGCUGCAAAACAACUUGGAGUCCUCGUCGCCAGUGAGGCUCGAACCGAAGAGCACGUCUUGUGGGCGCUAGGAUCCGAGGAUGCUAUGGUCAAAGACUACUGGACUGCGGAUGAGCUCUUCGAAGCUCUGGUCAUUGCUCGCAAGGUAGUCGACGACGUCAAUCGGGUCAAACAACGUAACGCUGAGUACUGGGAAAUGAUUCAAGAAGGCAAAACACCCUUCGACAAUCUGUAUGCGAAGCUCAGCAUGGAUUUGGAGAAGAUCGUCACCACUGGACAGGAGGCGGCAAAGGCUACCAAGAUCAUACACGACAACUUGGAGUUGGUUGUGACUUCUACAGGCAGUAAUCCCAAGCGUAAACGACCCUCGGCCAUCGAUACCACAUUGGCCAACACUGACGACGCCUCGGUCGCUGGCCCAUCCACUGCUCCUAUCACAAAGCCCUCCUUGGUCGUUGCUCUGCGUCUACCGAGAUCUUUCUCUUUCAGCCAACUGUCUCGCCCGGCUCAGAUUCCACAAAUCGACACCACAUCUACCAACACCACAGCAUCCGGCCAGACCACAUCCGCACGAACCUCAUCUGCGCAACUUCCGUCAUCAAUUUCACCACAACCUCCACAAGUCGUCGUUCCACCAUCUCCGGCUGUGAUUGCGGAGCGUGCUGCCCUCGGAGUUCAAAGAUUGCCAGCAGAAAUCGCAUCACGUCUCGGCAUCUGGAUGCAAGACGGACAGUACGAAGAGUUCGAUGACGAGCCACUGACGGGAGACGCCCUAGCUGCUUUCUACGUGGAUCUGAAGAACUCAGCCUGGUGCACUUGGUCUCAGACUACAUUUGAGCUCGAGUUCAACAGAGGCAUGAGGGGCAAUGCUACUUGCAUAUGGGGCCGUAUCUACAAGAGUGAGAUUGCAACAUUGAAGCCUGCAAAGAAGGCAGCAUCGAGAAGAUCGACGCGAAGCAAUCAGGUAGACGAUGAAGGAGACGAUCUAGAGGAACAGCAAAGCGCACCGAACUCCGAGGAUUUGUCGCGCGAGUUCGCCUGUGCCAACUGUAUCAGAAACAAGCGUUUCUGUGUUUCCAAGCUGGCCUUACACUUCAACCGUAAACCAGUCCUGCUUCCUCUACCCGAGAACUUGAGGGGAGAUAAGGAAGACUCUGAGGUGGGCUACUGGAAGAUCGAGUAA